UACUGCAGUAGGUGUAGCUAGCGCUAAAAUAAACAACACCCCGACGACAGUAUUUUCUCAUCUGAGUUGAAGCAUUGAAACAGGUACGCUGGAAUUUUCAGAGACCCACUCGGACAUGUCAUAUGUCUUCAUAAAUGACUCAUCACAGAGCAGUGUGCCAUUACUGCAGGCCUGCAUCGAUGGCGACCUGGCAUUCGCCAAGCGCCUCCUAGAGACUGGCUGUGAUCCCAAUAUCCGUGACAACCGGGGCCGCACUGGCCUGCAUCUAGCGGCAGCCCGAGGCAAUGUGGAGAUCUGCCGCUUCUUGCAUAAAUUCGGGGCAGACCUGCUUGCCACCGAUUACCAGGGCAACACCGCCCUGCACUUGUGUGGGCAUGUGGACACCAUUCAGUUCCUUGUCUCCAAUGGCCUCAAGAUAGAUAUCUGUAAUCAUAAUGGCUCGACUCCUCUGGUGCUGGCCAAGCGGCGAGGUGUGAAUAAAGAUGCCAUUCGGCUGCUGGAAGGCCUUGAGGAGCAGGAGGUGAAGGGCUUCAACAGAGGGGCCCAUUCCAAGCUGGAGACCAUGCAGAUGGCUGAGAGUGAGAGUGCUAUGGAGAGCCACUCGCUACUGAACCCCAACCUUCAGAACAGUGAAGGUGUGCUGUCCAGCUUCCGCUCUACCUGGCAGGAGUUUGUGGAGGAUCUGGGCUUCUGGAGGGUCCUCCUGCUCUUGGUGGUUAUCGCCCUGCUCUCUCUGGGCAUUGCGUAUUAUGUGAGCGGUGUGCUACCUUUCUCUGCCAGCCAGCUGGAGCUGGUCCACUAAGAGCCAUACAUCUACUCUCAGACCCAAUUUAAAGCUGUGUUUUGUAUGAUUUAAUGGUUUUAUUCAUAUUAAUUAGUUCUCAAGUCACUCUGAUCGGUCUAGUGGUACUUGGAUCUAAAAUUAGAACACCAAAAGUUUACAGACAGAUGCUAGUAUUUGUUUUAAUAAAGCUUUUAAAAUGUGGGUGAAGCUUCUAAAAUGUUAUCAUGUGUUCAGAGCAUGUAGGUCGGGACUCCUUGCAGCUCUGUGGAAGGGAAAACAAUUUUCUAAUUCAUGGCGAGUUGUGGAUGGUGUUUCAAAAAUUUUUCAGAAUGAAUCUUUAAGCUGUAACUCCUGUUUGGAAGGUGCUCAGAGCUUUGUUGCUGCAGUCUACCUUCAUGACAAAGUUGGGUGGGAACUAGCUCUUGGGACUUUUUAUUUUCUUAAGUGUGGAUGAAGCUGUACCUUGUCAAAAUGAACCCAGUUUUGUGUGAAGGGGAAGAAGUAUUAUGAAUCAAGUACAUUUAUUCAAAGUGCAAUGCCCUAACCCCCUGCCCACUUAUAAGGUGUUUUUCUUGUUUCUCUUUCGAGCUGCAUUAGCGUUAUAGAAUGGUCGUUGAAAGGACAGUUGUGCUAUGUAUCACUUUUUUUCAAUGUUUGGCUGUAAUUUAUAGUACUUUUGUCAUUGACUUGGACGUUUAAAUGGUUUGACCUCUUAAGUAUAUUUAAUGCCAGAAUGUUGUACUAAUGUUACAAAUUCCCACUACAAAAGGCUAUAUCCCAUUCUCAUUAUGAAUAAUUCACCUUUUUGUCUGUGUAAAGAUAGAUUGUCCAUAAAAAAGCAAAUAAAAUAGUUGAUAUUUGAUCAUUUAAAAAGCACUUGGAUCAUAGUUGGCUCAGUUUAAACAGCUGUAAAUUGUAUCCUAGUCUAGUGUGCACAUUUUUCUGUUGUGUAGCAUGUAUGGAACACACUGUGUAUCCAUUUACUGUGUGCAAGAGUUUCAGUUUGUUGCUCAUGUAAUGCCAGUUAGGACAUAUGUCUGAUUAUGGGACAAUGUGUUUGAGUCUUUGUUUGUUUGUUCUUUUAAAUCUGGAAUAACACUACAGCACCUUCUUAGAGUUUUAUAGUGUAUUCUGACUCAGCAAUGUAUGCUGCAAAACCCAGAAUUUUGGGAAUAUGAAACCAAAUGUGGCAUAACAUAUUGCAUAUAACUUGGAUUUCAUACAGCUGUUAUUUUAGUUGAGCCCAGUGUUUAGUUGAAGGUACAUAACAUUUUGUAUGCCAUUACUUGUUUUAAGUUUUCUUGAGAUAUUUCCUAUGUUAAGACAGUCUUUACUGCCAUAUUUUUGUUGAAAGCUGCUUUUCCCUGAUUAUUCUCUACGUAUUAAAUAAUAAGUGGAAACCAG